GGCACUGAUGGCACAAGUGGGUGGCACUGAUGGGCACAGGUAAGCAGCACUGCUGGGAACAGUUGUGCCAGAGAUGAGUCGCGAUCAGGGGCGGACUGACAACUCAUGGGGCCCCCGGGCAAUAGGGCGUCAUGGGGUCCCUGUGUCCUUGCCCAAACUCAAAAAAGACUAUGAAAAAGGUACCAGGGGGCAUCUCAUGGGGCCCCCUACUGACCCCGGGCCCUCGGGCAGUGCCCGAGUUUCCAAAUGGUCAGUCCGCCCCUUGUCACGAUCUCCCUGCCAGAGUCAUAUAAAGAGCCAGCUA